CCAGGAGGCGGGAGGAGCGAGGCAGGAGGCGGCGGCUGCCGCUCUCAGUCCGGGUGCGCAGCAGGAGGGAGGCGCGAGGCAGGAGCCGGAGGCUGGGCUCCGCAGCGCAUCCAGCGCAGCGCGGCGCCCCGGGCCCGGCCCCAUGCCCGCAGCCCCGCCGGACCGCCCUUGAGCGCGGGCGCCCUUCCCGCGCCCCUCGCCCGCCGGCAUCAUUGCCCCGACGGCGCGGCCGGGCGGCCCGGCGCUCCCCAGGCUUCGCGCCGGCCGGAAGACGCUGCUGGCGGCCGCCGCCGGCGUGGUGAUGCUGUUGGUGCUGGUGGUGCUCAUCCCCGUGCUGGUGAGCUCCGGCGGCCCGGACGGCCACUAUGAGAUGCUGGGCACCUGCCGCAUGGUGUGCGACCCCUACCCCGCGCGGGGCCCCGGCACCGGCGCGCGGCCCGACGGCGGCGACGCCUUGAGCGAGCAAAGCGGCGCGCCCCCGCCCUCCACGCUGGUGCAGGGCCCCCAGGGGAAGCCGGGCCGCACAGGCAAGCCGGGUCCUCCUGGCCCCCCCGGGGACCCCGGUCCUCCGGGCCCCGUGGGGCCGCCUGGGGAGAAGGGUGAACCGGGCAAGACCGGCCCUCCCGGGUUGCCGGGCGCGGGGGGCAGCGGCGCCAUCAGCACCGCCACCUACACCACGGUGCCGCGCGUGGCCUUCUACGCCGGCCUCAAGAACCCUCACGAGGGUUACGAGGUGCUCAAGUUCGACGACGUGGUCACCAACCUAGGCAACAACUACGACGCGACUAGCGGCAAGUUUACGUGCAACAUUCCUGGCACCUACUUUUUCACCUACCACGUCCUCAUGCGCGGCGGCGACGGCACCAGUAUGUGGGCAGACCUCUGCAAGAACGGCCAGGUGCGGGCCAGCGCCAUUGCCCAGGACGCAGACCAGAACUACGACUAUGCCAGCAACAGCGUGAUCCUGCACCUGGACGCAGGCGACGAGGUCUUCAUCAAGCUCGACGGUGGCAAAGCGCAUGGCGGCAACAGCAACAAAUACAGCACGUUCUCCGGCUUCAUCAUCUACUCUGAUUGAGCUCCCCGCGCGUCCCACUGCAUCCCCUAACCACCCUCCCUCGGCUCCCCCUCCUGGCCGGGCAGAGGAUGACCCGUCCCUUCCCCUACCCCCGCUACAAAUUCGCUGCCGGCCCUGGGCUGACUGCCCUCCGCGGCUACUACGCCCGGGCCCGCCCCCACCACCGCCCUGGCCGCAGCUUGACCCUCCCGCCGGCUCGCGGCAGAGCCGGGCCCAGCGCGCCCCAUCCUGGGCCCCGGGAGGCAAGCUGUGUUGACCAGCCUGCUCUGUAUAUUUGUACAAUAGGACUGUUUAUUGCUCCAGCCUGGGGACCGAUCCCAGCGGGGUCACUUUCCGCGCUGGGAUGCGUUGCCCUCCCGCUGCAGGGUGGCGCUGCCUGGGGAAGGGGUGGGAUGGGGGCUGGAUAGCUUCCCAGCGCUCCCUAAAGCCUGGCCCUGCCACGCCCGCCGCGCCUGACCAAAGCUAUAAUAAAAAACACUUCCACCCCGCUGUGUUUCAGUCUGUGCCCUGGGCAGAUGUUGCAGGAGGCUACGACAACCCUGCCCUCCUCCAGACUGGGUAGGGGUCUGCCGUAAGCUGCCCAUGGAUCUGGGGGAAGCCAGGUGCUAGAGUCAGAGCUGCUCCAGGAGGAGGUGGGCCAAGAGGCUCAGUGCCCACUACAGCCCAAGUGGGCCUGGGCAGCUGGAAUGGGAAGCAGCCCAGUUACAUCAUCAUCUUCCGUGAUGGUUAAGUUCCAUUUUUUUCAUCCUCGAAAGCGGCAUUGGCAUUCCAAAGGCAAAGCAAGGUUUCAACUGGGAGACCCAGCUUCUCAUCCAGUGCCAUUAUAUGUGAUCCUGGGCAAGUCACUCCUCUGACUCAGUUCUGGGUCAAUGACAGCCAUGAAAGGAACAAGCUUUU